AUGACGACCCCACCCCUGGUGUCCACCCCUCCCAGUGACGCAGUGUCCCCGUGUCCCCUGCCCAGCGCCACGGAUGACUUCAACCACGGGGUGGUGCUGAGCGCCCGGGCGCUGCGGGACAACGAGCUCUUCCAGGUCCGCAUCGACAAGAUGGUGGACAAGUGGGCGGGGUCCAUUGAGAUCGGCGUGACCACCCACAACCCCGCCUACCUCCAGCUGCCCUCCACUAUGACCAACCUGCGCUCAGGCACCUGGAUGAUGACGGGCAACGGGGUGAUGCACAACGGAACCACCGUCCUGGAUGAGUACGGCCACAACCUCGACCGCCUCAAGGCGGGGGACACGGUGGGGGGGGUGCGACGGGACGACGGGACCCUCCACUUCUUCGUCAACGGGGCGGCGCAGGGCCCCGCCGCCUGGAACGUGCCACCCAACGUCUACGCCGUGGUGGACCUCUAUGGUCAGGCUGCCCAGGCCACCAUUGUGGAGGAUGGCGGUGAGCUCCUGGGGGACACUGGGGAUACUGGGGGAGGUCGGAGGCGAGGUUUGGGGGGGCUUGGAGGUGUCAUGGUCUGA